GUGACGUAAAUAUGGGGCGCCGCAAAUGCGAGCUACGUAGCGGUCCGGGAAGUAGCCCUAGCGGCGCCUGGGCUCGGCUGCCCCGCGAAGGUGGCAGUAAUCCUGGGCCCAGGGCGAGGCAGCCCGGGCCAUCAGGAAGAUGCUACCAAGUACUUCAGUGGGUUCUUCGAUGCAAGGGAACGGAGUCUUGAAUUCCAGGGAUGCAGCGAGACACACAGCUGGAGCAAAACGCUACAAGUACCUCAGAAGGCUUUUUCGAUUUCGGCAGAUGGACUUUGAGUUUGCCGCAUGGCAGAUGCUCUACCUAUUCACUUCCCCACAGAGGGUUUAUAGAAACUUUCAUUAUCGGAAGCAAACAAAGGAUCAGUGGGCCAGAGAUGACCCUGCUUUCUUGGUCCUCUUAAGUGUCUGGCUCUGUGUGUCUACCAUAGGAUUUGGUUUUGUGCUUGACAUGGGAUUUUUUGAGACAAUAAAGCUGCUCCUGUGGGUUGUAUUCAUAGAUUGUGUAGGUGUUGGCCUUCUGAUAUCAACUUUAAUGUGGUUCAUCUCCAACAAGUAUCUAGUGAAACGCCAGAGCAGAGACUAUGAUGUGGAGUGGGGGUACGCCUUUGAUGUGCAUCUGAACGCAUUUUAUCCGCUCCUUGUCAUUUUGCAUUUUAUCCAGCUCUUUUUCAUCAACCAUGUUAUCCUCACAGAUACAUUUAUUGGAUAUUUAGUUGGAAAUACCUUAUGGUUGAUUGCUGUUGGCUAUUAUAUCUAUGUAACCUUCCUGGGAUACAGCGCACUGCCAUUUUUGAAAAACACAGUAAUCCUGCUCUACCCAUUUGCACCUCUGGUUGUGCUGUAUGGACUGUCGCUGGCCCUGGGCUGGAACUUUACCCACAUGCUGUGUUCCUUCUACAAGUACAGAGUAAAGUGACCACAGCAGUGGAGCUCAACUGUCAGGUGUUGGGGAAGGGACAAGUUCUUGUAAAGUCUGUAAAUUCUUUGUAGAUACCAAGUUUACAAAUUUGAGGUGAUACUAACACUAUUGUCUAGACCAUUCCUUAAAACUAAUUAAAUGUACAUUUCUAAUAAAUAUUUUUAAACUAAAGCAUGUAAUUGUUUAGCUACGUAUCAAGGGCACAGUAAGAGGUAGAUGUCACACACCAUCUUGUUGGCAAGAUGUACAGACUCACCUUCAUAAGCUUAUUCAGACCACUCCCUGUGUGUAUAUGGCUGUGAAUACCUGUAGAGAUGACGGCCACCACUGUCUUAGCAGGGUGCCAUGUUUCCCUUUUAAAGAUUCAAGAGGAACCAGCAACUAGUUGAAAAACAGAUUAAGUAAACACCAUAGUAAUAGCGCUAAAAAAAAAAUUGUGUACAUUUAUUUGGUUUGAGCCAUUUUUAUUAGAAGGAAUCUUGAUUCAACAUGGCUUUUCAAACUUCUUUAUUUCAAAUACACAUGGACAGUUAUAGGACAGAGACCAUUAUGAAAGGCACAGUCAACAGGACAUUAUUGGGUUUCAACAGAACAUUAAUAGCAAAUUUGAAAAUAAAUAAUCUGCCUUUAAAAAUCCAACAGGUACCUCAAAUAUUACUCCAGCUAAUAACUGUUUAACCCAUGAAGACACUGUGAGCAAAGUUUGUACAAUACAUUGAAGAAGGAGGAAAAGAAACUCUGCUCUGAGACGACACCCCCCCCCCCCCC